UCAUAUCGGUCGGAGGGGACGGAAUGUGGACCUAUAACCAUAACAGGGACGGGCUUUUUCCCAAAAAGAAGAAGAAAGAGGACAGAGAGGCUGUAAUACUUCCAUCUAUAAACACUGGCCAUACUGCACUAUGUCAGCGGAGUGAUCCUGUCUGUCUCCACAAUCAACGACAGCUGCUGCAAACAGGCAGACCCCCAAAUGGUCCAUAUUUAGAGAACAGAAUUCUGCACAAAGCCCACUUUUUCAAGGUUAAGGCUACCAAGGCCUUACUAGACCUACAUGAAUAUGGGAGAACAAUUGAGGACUCAACAAAGUUACUGAGGAGAAUGGAGCCACUCAGAAGAGAAGAUGAGGGCGAAGAAGAAAGAGAGGGAACACAUAAGGACAGAGAGACGGACAGUGGGACUUAUCUGUCUGUUAGGUCAAACAAAGAUGAUGUGGACAAAGGAAGUGACGACAAACUCCCAGUGACAAACACGUUGUGUGAUACAACGACCAGUGAGGUUCAGAGUAAGGAGGAGCCUCCAUUUCUUGUUGAAGAGAAGAGAUUCAUGGUCUACAUAUGUGGUGGAUACAAAGACACAGUUGCAGAGAGAAGUGCGCUCAUGGAGAACGUUUAUCCCAGACUGUAUCUGUACUGUAAGCAGAGAGGCUACGACUUCAGCAUGGUUGACCUCCGCUUGGGGGUUGGAUCACCUGUAGCUGAACGCCACAACACUGUAGAGCUGCACGUGGAGAAUCUCCAGCGAUGUCAGGAAACCCAGGGUCCAAACUUUAUAUUGUUUGUAGGACAGAAGAAUGAGGUCCAGAGCCUUCCCUCCACCAUCACCAGAGAGGCUUUUGAGGCCAUAGUGAGAGUGGUGGAGAAAGACCAACAGCAGGCGUCCAAGUACAAACCAGUGGAGGACUUUCCUGCCUCGGGCUCCCAGUCCAGCAUCACUACAGACAGCAGCUCUGGCAGUUUUGUCCAGGAUUCCAUUUAUGGGAAUUAUCUGAUUUUCGGAGAACAGGCUAAAGUCUCAGGACUGCUGAGCCAAAGCUCCUGCAACUCAUUUUCAAAAGGAGAGGAGGCCAGACUCAGUCCUGUGGGUGCAAGGAGCCCGGGGGAUUUGGACAAAGACCUUACAUUACUCCAGAUGUGCUACAGGCUGGACAGGAAUUGCCUUGCUCCUGUUUAUCGCUUACUUCCCAUCAGCUCUCACCAUUCUGACAUGUUGAGCAUGGAGAUGGAGCGCAGGAAGCAGGCCAUGAAGGACUGGAGCGCUACUUGCCGCAGACUGUGGGCGAUUCUACAACGCAGCGCGGAUGAGGCAGUGGGGCAAGAGGAGGCAUCAAUAUUACUCAGGACAGUUCUUGACUGGGAGGUAGAGACGGCUCUGCAGUCUGUAAAAGAUGCUCCGCCAGAGGAGCACUGCCACUGCUAUAAGAGGCUUAUCCCAGACCUUUACAACAACCUGAAACAUAAACAUGCUGCUCAGUACACCGACCUCCAGGAGGGACGGGCUCAGCUCGAUCCAGUCCUCAGCACAGCACACCAGCAAUUCAUUGACCGGCUCCAUGAAAAGCUGCGCCACACCAACAUUUAUGAGCGUAAUGUGGGAUGGGGACGGAAAGGCCUGAAACACAAUCGCUCACACCAGUUCUACAUCGAGCGCAUCUCCUCCCACUUUCAAAGGAAUGUUAUCAACUCCCUCAAUAAAGUAAUGAAGGCCACCAAAACUCAAGGCCCCUUUGACACAGUGAGGAGAGAAGCUGUCAGAGUGCAGAUACAGGGUGACAUACAGCGACACAUUUACUAUGGACUCCAUCUGGGGAAGGGCUGUAGUUUGAGGCGGGCUUUCCUAGCUGAUGUGAAGAAGGCAGUGGAGCAGUCAAAAACCAGACCCAUCCUCCUACUGGGACCACCAGGCUGGGGAAAGAGCACCACCAUGGCUGCAGUAGCACAGCUAGCGCCCUCUUGGCUACCGGGAUGCUUGAAGAUAUUGGUGCACUUUAUUGGCUUCACUGGAGAGAGCAGGAAUAUUCGACUGGUCCUGCAGAGUCUUUGUGUCCAGCUGGCUGAAGCCUACUGUACCCACACACAGCUGUCAGAGGGCCUUUAUCAGCUGAUCAAUGAGUUCCACUCUCUGUUGGGACUAGUGGGAGCAGAGAGGCCCCUUAUGGUCCUGCUGGACGGGUUGGAUGAGCUGUCUGAGGAACAUGGUGCAGACCUUUCCUGGAUCUCAACCCCUCUACCUCCCAAUGUCUACCUCAUUCUCUCUGCAACCACUGACUCCCACUGUACUCACACUCUGCAGUCAGCCCAUCCCACAGUCCUUUCCCUCCCUCCACUCAGUCCUGAUGACAUCACAGCAGCUUUGGAGACCAAGUUGCAGACUGACCAGCGGUGUCUGCAGGAGCAGCAGUGGCAGCUGCUAAUCCAGGCAUGUCUAUCCUGUCCCUGCCCUUUGUACCUGGAAGCAGCUUACUCUGAGAGCAUGCUGUGGACGUCCUACUCCCCCCAGGCCAGCAUCAGCCUUCCAGCUAGUCUGGGGGGCCUCUACCUCGCCGUGCUGGCUCGCCUGGAGAGAGAGCUGGGGAGGCAGCUAGUGAGACGGGCUGCAUCUCUCAUAUCCAUCUCACGUUGGGGUGUCACUGAAGAGGAGUUACUGGACCUACUGGCCCAAGAUGGAAAGGUGCUCCAGGAAGUGACCUCAUGUCACUCCUCUUCCGGCCACCCCAGGGUGCCUUAUGUCCUGUGGGCUCGACUGAAACGUGACCUCGGUCAUCACCUAACUGAGGUCAGGACAGAUGGGACGUGGGUGUACCGCUGGACCCAUUCUGAGCUGAGGCGUGUGUGCAUGAAGCAUUAUUUAAAAACAGAUGAUUCUCUCAUGGCUGUGCAUGCAGAUUAUGCCAACUACUAUAGACAUAAGUCACAACACACACACAUAUUUCAGCCACUGGCAUGGACACUGGAUGAGGAUGGUGAAGGCAUGAGUAAAAGUUACAGAUUCAAUCUGAGGAAGCUUCACGGGUUACCCCACCACCUGGUCCGCUCAAGUCAAAUCUUGCUCUUCCUGUCCGAAUGCCUUUUCAACUAUGAGUUCCUGCUCCAUAAGGCCUGGGGUCUGUCUGUCCUGGACAUCGAGGAGGACCUGAAGAAGGCUGUGCUGCCAGACAAGGAGCUGGUGGAUGUGAAGGUGCUCUCAGGUGCACUGGAAAUGUCCCGAGCGGUGCUGCUGCAGGACCCCUGUCAGCUGGCCUCCCAGCUUAUGGGUCGACUGGGACAAAUUGUAAUUGAGGAUCGUCCUCUUGCUAAAGGUGACCCGCUGAAGUUCAGCUACCUCCAUGCUCUACUGUCUCAGUGUCGCCAGUCCUCCCUAUCUGUGUUGCUGCCCUCCUCCACCUGUUUGCUCCCCCCAGGAGACCUCCAACACAUUCUGCUGGCAGGUCAUUUGACCAAUGUGACUGCCCUGGGAGAGGGAAAGAGAGGACCCUUGGCUGUCACCAGUGAAUCAGAUGGAAGGCUGAGGUUUUGGGAUCUGGAGCAGAGGCGGAUCAUCAGGAGCCUGGACGCGGUCGGGGGAAUUGUAGGAGAUUCCAUCACAUUGGGUCUGGAUGAUAGAAUGCUUAUUGUCCGCAUGGGACAAAGUCUGCAGGUGAGAGAGGUUGAAUCCGGGCGAGUUGUGUAUUCAGAGAGUGACUCACUGGAUGUUCCCAUAGUCACCACAACUUGUGAAGGACAGCUGCUAGUGGUCUUCUAUGAUGGAAGUCAUCGAGUCAAGGUUUUCGACCUAGCCUCCAGCUGUUCUCUGCUGCACUGUGCUGACAUCUCCAUGGAGCAUGAGGCAAUCCACAAAAACCGCUCCAUUCUGCUGUCCAACAACUCCAUCAGAGACUACGUCCUCUUUGCCUACAGGUCUUGUGAUGAGGCAGCAGUAUUCAGUGCCAGAGGGGGCGCUGUGCUGUCGGUCCUGUCUGUUCAGCACGGCGCUGCCUCUAUACAGGCUGUGGACAUGACAGAAGACUACCUGCUGCUCUUCUGCAGAUUUCCAUACAAGAGGGGCAGUGAAAUCAUCCAGAUCAAACUCUUCAGCACUGUGUCCUUCCUCUACCUGCGCUCUAUACUGGGCUGCAGCCAGGACUGCAUUUCCCAGGUCACUGUCAACCGGGCGGGGACUCACGUUGUGGCAUUUUGCCCCUCCCCCUGUACUGGCAUCACGGAGCUGGUCACCUGGAACCUGGAGACAGAGGACCACAAACACAUCACUCGCUGCCCCGCAGUACUGACCAAAGGCCUGUGUUUCGAUCUGCGCUUCUGCCUGGGGGUCUGCAGUGGAGAGAAGUACCUUCGCCUGUGGGAUCUGACCUCCAGGAUCAGGGACCGGGCUCUUACCUAUAACAUCUAUAAGCUCAGGAGCGAAGGCACAGAGGAGGUCGUCCCUAUGGGGAAAACCCAGAGGUAUGCUGUGUGCCGCUCCAUCAGAGCUGGGACAGUAUAUGUGUGGAACUUGACCAGACGGCGUUUCGCCUGCCGACCUGUCAGAGCGGAGCACGGCCUCUACAGCAGCACUGAUGUGGUGCUCGCCCAUGACUUCAAACUUUACAUCUUUACAGACAGAAGCAGAAACAGCAGCGUAGACGCCGCUUCAUGUCCAUUCCAGACUCUUCUGGUGUAUGAUUUGAUAAAGCGGAGCUAUGUGAGGAGACAGACUGGGAUCACAGUUUAUUCCUGUCCUCAGCACGAGUACCGUGUUCUGGGGAAUGGACGGACUCUUCUUGGCCUAUCAGAGACCAGAGACCGUCUGAUCCUUUGGGAUCUAGACUCUGGCUCUAUCAAACAUGAGAUCAAGCUCUCCCACAGAGAAUCGCUCCUGUGCAGCUGCCCAGUCCAAGACCUGCAGCCCAAUGUGACCCCACGUAGAGAGAAAACAUUGAUGCCAUGGGACAUCCGAACAGAGAGCCAGUCCGCAAAGAAAAGGAGGCUGGAGAGAGAGGCACAGAGGGAGAGAGAGGCGAAAAGCAGGUUGGAGAGAGAGAAAUACAACUUGAUAGACCAGUACCUUCUCAGUGGCGAUGAACAGGUGGUGGUGUGCUCUUAUUUUGCUCACCACCUCAAUGUCUUCAGCGUGGUUUCGCAGGAACACCUGCACAGCCUGGGGGAGAAAACAUCACUGCUGAGCCUCCACACUGCAGCUAUUACCUACACUGGCAGUCACCUGGUGCUGACCAGCUACAACCAUGAGCACAGGACGCCCCACAUCACCCUGUGGGACCUGCACACAGGAGCGGUGAGGAAAAGACUGCGGAAUGAAGCUGGAGUUUGCUGCGUAGAUAUCACAGACAACGCAGAAAGAGUUGUCUUUGGGGUCAGAGGAAGCAACAAACUGAAGGUGUGGGACCCCUUCAAGAGAAUUUAUAGGAGCAUCUGUGGCUAUGGGAACCUCAUGAUAGAAUACUCCAGUAAGCUUCACGUGACAGAGGGAGGAACCAGAGCCAUCCUGCUGUCAGGACAGCUGAGCUUGUGGGACCUGGAGGCGGGCAGCGUCCUGUCUGUGCUCUCCCUGGAUGCACAUGUCCGCUGUAUGAAGCUGCUUCUUGGGUGCCAGACUUCUGUCCUGCUCGGCCUCAGCCACAGCCCUGCCCUCAUCAGUGUCAGGUUAACAUCCAGUACUGUCAGCUCAGCAACUCAAGUCUCCCAACACGGAGACCUGUUUGGAGAGUCCAGCAGCAGCGAGGAAGAGGAUGGGAACUCGUGAAAAUUCAGGGUUGUACAGCUCUUUCUUCGUAAUGAUUGUGUAUAGGAAAAGGUCUUUUUGCGCCAGUGGAUGUCAUAUGACUUGCAGCCAUGCCCUUGCCAACUUUCUAUCUCAUCUAGAACACUGCUAUUCAGGCACCAUAAAUACAUUAGCGGGACUUGACUGUUGGUGAGGUAAGAAAGGGAGAGUGGGAAUGGUUGUUAACAAAGGGAUGGUGGGAAAUGUUAUCACGUCAGUUCCUUCAAUUUGUGCAUUAAACAGUGUAAAAAGAAUAUGUAUGAUGAGGGGGGGAGGCAGUCUAAGGCAGUGUCCACAUUUAGGAUACACAUUUAGGAGCCUUAGGGUAGAAGCUCCUUUCUGAGCCUCUCAGUGCUGGCCUGGUGUAACCGGUACCUUUUUCCUAACCUCAACAGAUAGAAAAGACUGUUACCCAGGUCAUUUGGACAUGUAAUAAUUCUCUUAGCAUUAUUCUUGCAGCGCCUGGUGUAAGUAUCCCUUAGGCAGGGUAGGGCACUGCCUAUUGCAUGUUCAGCCGAGUUUCAGUACCAGGAGUAGAAAUUCCUCAGAAUUUGAGGGGAUACCUGGAAUUUCCUCAGACGUUUAAAGGAGAAUUCCGGUCGAUUUCAACCCGUAGCUCUGUU